AUGGGAUCCUCUCCUCCAACUUCAAGCUCGUCAGACGCUGAGUCAGAAGAUGAAAAUGAAGAGUUUGGAAGACUACUAAACAUCAAGUCUGACGACUUCCUCGCUCUCGGCGAGAAAAUUCUUCACGACAUCUUAAAAAUCACGUUUACAUCGACCUCCGAGUCUCGUAUCAUCGACAAGUGCUUUGGGUCCUUCAACAUCGUCCACAUCCUCGAGUUUGAUGGAGAGCAUAAAAUUGUUAUUCGCGUGCCUAUCACCGGAAAGUCUGGCAGUCUAGAGGGCGUAGCAUGUCAGGCUAUCGAGUCACAAGUGCAGACUAUGCGACACAUCCGCGCGAACACUACCAUUCCGAUUCCAGAAGUCUACUGUUUCGACGGAACCGACAACAACGAAAUAUCUGCCCCGUAUAUUGCCAUGGCAUAUAUUCCUGGUGUCAAUGUCGGGAAAAUGUGGUUCAACAACGAUGGGGGUGUUGAGGAGAGACGUCUGAAAAUACUUUCGCAACUCGCUGGCUUUUCUUGUCAACUUGGAAAGUUACGCUUCGAAGCGAUCGGGUCGCUGCUGCCUCCACUUCCCUCCGAAAAUACUAUGAGCAGCAUUGGCCCGUGCUUCGAUUGGGUCCAGCCAGAAGAAGACCCAGACGAUGUUGGAGUCACAUCGUUUGGGCCAUUCUCGACAAGCGAUUCCUGGCUACGGCAUAGCUGGACACCGACAAUCCGCAAUCCCAAAGAUCAUUACGGGAUUGCCUGCUCUAAAAUUCUCGAAGCAAUGUUCCCUCACCUCCCCCAAACUCCGCCCCACUACACACUGACCAUGCCCGACUUCGACUCGCAAAACGUCAUGGUCGACGACGACGGCAACGUCACGGGGCUCAUCGACUGGGACAACGCACAGACCAUGCCCGACUAUCUCGGCUUUGCACGAUUCCCCGGCUGGAUUACGCGGGACUGGGACCCACUUAUGUAUCACUGGCCUCAUUCCGAUCGCGAGAAUUCACCGGAAGAGCUACACCGGUACCGCCAGCACUAUUUCCGCGAAAUGAAGACCAUCCUCGCUGCAACCGGCUCCAAAGACUACCACCUCACCGAAAAGUCACAUAUAUUUGAGGCGUUUUACAUCGCCAUUGCGAAUAGGCAACACACGAUCCCGAUCUGUGUCAAAUUCGUGGAAGAGGUCAUCCGUGCACUACCAGAGGGAAAUGCGUUCGACAAUUUGGACUGGAAACCGCUUGGUGUGCUUCUUGAUAUUGCGUAUGGAGAGCUGGAGGAGGAGCCCUGGUUACAGCUACAGACGGGACUGGAGAGGCUGAUGGCACUUUCAGAAUAG